CUCCCAGAAUGACUUCAGUGACUAGAUCAGAGACUAUUGAAGCGCUCAGCAGAUCCAUCAGUGUCAACUUGACAGAGAGUAAACGGCUUGGCGCUCUCCUGCUUUCCAGUUUCCAGUUCUCUGUUCAGAAACUGGAACCUUUCCUGAGGGACACUGAGGGUUUUUGUCUUAAGACUUUUAGAGACAAAGUGUCUUCUAUUUCUGAAGAAUUGAAACAUUUUACAGACAAACUGGAAAAUGAUGGAAUUCUACAAAAAUGCUUUGAAAAGCCAAAAGGAAAAGAAUUAGAUUUGUCUCUGGAUGCAUCAGUGGCUGAGAUGAAGGAAUAUAUAGCCAAAUUUUCUUCAGAAUGUCACACUUGGGAUCAGCUCUUGCUGCAUUACCAGAAGGAGGCUGAAGAGAUACUGUCCAGAACAUCAACUGAAGGAAAAAUUAUUGAAGUUGAAGUGGAACCUACAGCAUAUCUUGAAUCUUCUCAGAGUGAAAUUCUAAACACAAAACCAGACUACCAAAAAAUAUUACAGAACCACAAUAAGGUCUUUGAUUGUAUGGAAUUAGUGAUGGAUGAACUGCAAGGAUCAGUGAAGCAGCUGCAUGCCUUUAUGGAUGAAAGUACCCAGUGUCUCCAGAAGGUGUCAGUACAGCUUGGGAAGAGGAGCAUGCAACAAUUAGAUCCGUCACCAGCUCGAAAACUGCUUAAGCUUCAACUACGAAAUCCACCUAGCACAUACUGCCCUGGAUCUUAUCAAUGA